UUCACUUCUUGUUUCUGCAGCAAAAGAAAUCAACAAUCAUGAAAUUCUUGGCAAUUCUUGUAGCUCUUGUAGCCAUCGCCUCUGCUGGUGAAAAGAAAGAAAAGCGUGGCCUUUUGGGUCUUGGAUAUGGAAGUUUCGGCUACGGUCAUGAUGCCUUUUCCUACGGGCACGGAAUCAGCUCUUACUCUGCUCCAAUUGUCUCUGCUGCUCCAGCUAUCUCCACCUACCAUCACUCUGCUCCUUUAAUAGCUGCUGCUCCAGCCAUCUCCACCUAUCAUCACUCUGCUCCAUUGGUAGCCGCUGCUCCAGCCAUUUCCACCUAUUCUGCCCCAAUUGUAUCUUCCUACUCUGCACCAAUUGUAGCCAAGACCUACUCUGCUCCCCUUGUAUCUUCAUACGCUGCUCCAAUUGCUUCCUACGGAUACGGAUACUCUGGACACAACUUGGGAUCUUUUGGAUCUUACAACGCCGGUUGGUAAAUAAUGCUUUGAUCAUCACAAUGUCAAUUUUUAAAAUAAAGGGCUAAUCAAACUGCAUA